AUGGCCGAGAACGAAGUAACACCGGCUCCACAUCAAGCAACUACGCCAAGCGAUGUCCAGCAAAAACCUUCCAACAACGACUACCUGCUUAACCAAGAAAGCAAUGGUAUUUUCGUUAAUAAAGUCAGCGUUAAAAUACCACCAUUCUGGGCUGAGCGACCAGAGAUUUGGUUCGCGCAAAUAGAAGCCCAGUUUUGCAUUGCUGGAAUCUCAUCGGACAUAACCAAAUUUAACACUGUGAUCGCAUCCAUUGAAUCUCACGUAUUAGCGCAAAUUACGGAGGCAGUGCUACAACCACCAGCAGAAGGAAAAUACGAAAACUUAAAAAAGUGCAUCAUCGACCGGUUCGGCGAAAGCGAAGAGAAAAAGAUGAAAAAACUUUUAUCUGAAUGCGAGCUAGGUGACCGACGGCCCACACAACUUUUACGGGAGCUGAGUGGUCUCGCCCGAGACAGAAUAAGCAACGAGUUUCUCAAAUCCCUUUGGCUUCAGCGUUUGCCCCCUCAGACUCGCGCUAUCCUUCAGGCAUCCACAUCUGAACUGCCCGAACUGGCCAAAUUAGCUGACAAAAUCAUGGAAGUCAGCGAUCACAACCACGUGGCAAUGGCAACGAGGUUAGAAACACAGGUGGAGCCUACGAGUGAAUCCAGCCGUAUUGAGCGAAUAGAGAGGCAGCUCGAUCAACUGCAGCGUAAACAAUCUAGGCCAUCUGCAAAACGGCCUUCUUCAAAAUUUACAACGAAAAAAUCAGCUCCUGGUGAAUUCUGCUGGUUUCAUACGAAAUUCGGCCGCAAUGCACAAAAAUGUCGCGACCCUUGCGGUUUCAAUUCGAAGUCAAAAAACUAA